UAUGAAUGGACUGAAACGCGAGUUGCAGGUGGACGAUUCAUUUGCACAUUGUUUGAAAAAAUUUAGGCCUUUUUUACAUUUAGGCCUUUACUUUUAAGAUAUUUUCUUGGUUUACUACAAACUUUUGAAAAUGCUGCGGUUCUUCAUACUGCUUGCAUGGCUUUGUGAAGUGUGGGGAGGACCUUUGGAAACACAGAAAAGAGCUGCUGAGAUCCAGUCUGAUGAAGGAGAUGUUAACUCGCAGAGUUCAAAUACUUACUUCGUAAAACACCCUGAAACAUCGUUGAAUAUUUCAGAUGAGUUUGCAUUUGACGAGGGUGAUAUCAUAGUACCUAGUGAAAGGAACGCAGUGAGUGCCGUGUGGCCAGAAGUGGAUGGAGAAAUGUCAGUGCCAUAUGAAAUACAUUUUGAUCUUAAGGACAGGACUCCUCAAAUCACCGAAGCUUUAAAAAUGAUCAGUAAUAGGACCUGCAUCAAGUUUCAUCCGCACAGAAAUGAAACCGACUACUUAAAAUUUCUGUAUGGCCAAGGGUGUGCAUCUUAUGUGGGCUGUUUAGGGGGUGAACAGAAUAUCCUGAUUGGGCCGCAGUGUAAGGUUGGAAACAUCUGCCACGAGAUUCUUCAUUCCCUCGGCCUGUACCAUGAGCAUUCGCGGCCUGAUCGUGGAGAACACAUCACUAUACUGUUUGAAAACAUUGUCUCUGGGAAGGCGGACGAUUUUAUGGUGAAAAAGGGAAACACCCUUGGCAUUAACUAUGACGUGGAAUCUAUUUUGCAUUAUGGAAGCAAUUAUUUCUCACGCAAUGGAAAACCCACAAUUGUACCCAAAGAUGGCGCUGUGAAGAUCGGCCAGAGGACUCAUCUGAGUGAGCUGGAUGUGGCGAGACUCCGGAAGCUGUACCACUGCGACCGGAGAGAAAAUCAAGUUUAAACCUCACAUGAAACAUCUUGGAUGCUUUUUGAUGACAAAAGAAUUCAGGAUGACAAAUAAAGGUUUGAAUGUUAAACGGAUAAAAAUUGUUGUGAUUUU